GUAAAACAACAAUCAAGAUGAAAGAUUUCAAUUCUACGAGUUUUUAAUCUUAAAAAAACUUUAGAAAGGUAUAUUUUCUUCGGAAAACGAAACAUUUCUUUGAAUUAGAUGUCGGACAUUGAAUAUCUUUUUGUUAAUAAUUCAUCGUAUGAACUGAAAGUUGAAAGAAAAGUAGUGAAAUCCAAAAUCUAAUCGACUGAUUAUGUCCAGUUACUCCUGAUGGUAUUUCAUUGAAUAUUACCACUGGACGAUAUCUUAGCCUAGAAAAGUUAUUCUAGUAAUUUUUACAAUAUCUGUAAACAUGGUGGGCCAAAUCGAUAAAAAAGAAGAAAUACAGCGAGCCUUGAAGGCCUAUAUUAUGAGGGAUCGUGAAAAACAACGAUUAGAAGAUGAAGCCGAGGCUGAAAAAACGAGAAAGAAAAAAGAACUAGAUGAAAAAAAGUUGAAAGAAGAAUCUGAAUUUAAAGCGACCAAAGAAAAAUUAGCAGAAGUAACGAAAAAACACGAACAACUUCAGCAAGAUAAAAUAAAAGUAUUCGAACAUUUGAAAAAAGUAGUCGGUGAAUCGAAUAAACAUGUAUUGGCAGUCGAAGAUUUAACCAGACUUUAUGAAAUAGGAUUAGCUGUAACUUGUGUAACCACGCCAAGUCAUCAAUCAGUUCAUCCAGCUGGUUCAACAUCUGUAACUGUACUUCCUCGCCAUUCCACUGUAUCUUCAUCUAAUCAAUUCAAAACGUCUGUUAGUUCGUCGAUUCCUGUUCAAGCGAUUCCUCAUCAGAAAAGGAACAGAAGUCCUUCGCCUACACUUUAUCGUUCUUACUAUAAACAAGCUGCUGGUCCUCAUCCUUUUCAAAAGUUGGACGAUUCUCAUCGAUCUCGCGAGUAUAAGAGUUAUUUAUUCAAACCGAGUGGUGGUAAUCCGCAACCUGGAGCAUACAGUGCGUUUUAUUCUCCUGCUCAAAACGCAGUGUAUACUAUGCCUUCUCCACCUGUGCAUAGCAAUACUCCUACAUAUAGUUAUGGGGGAAGUCGAGAUAAUGUAGAAGUCUUGCAUAAAGCGCAACAGCAAAGUAUUUCUUCCAUACCACCGCCUCCUUCACCUUCUAUGUAUGCAGCGCACAGAUCUUCGAUUCAAAGUAGCACACAAUCGUCUGUGCCAUCGAAUCACGUUUAUCAUUCUAAAAACAGUCAAGGUUAUUCGGACGAUAAAUAUUAUAUGGUGAGACCAGCUUCUCAUGUACCGGUUCACGGCAAUGUAAUUCCAAUUCAUCAAGCUCCUCAGAGCAGCAAACACGGAAGUAUAACUGCAGGCUAUCCAGUAAGACCCGUAGCCACUCAGAUAGGUUCGCAAUCGCAGCUUCAUAUGCCACAGCAUAGCAGUGCUCAUCACGGUUCUCAAUCGUCUCACCACUCUUCACAACAACCCGUGCAUUCGUCUUCGUUAUCGUCUCACCAUUCGUCUCAGCCCCAUCAUGUUUCUUCGCAACAGUCUCAAAAUAUAGGUCAUCAAUCGCAUCAUCAAUCGCAGUCCGUCCACUACCAGCCAUCUCAUCACCCUCAAAGUCAUCAAGUAACGCAAUCUUCUCAACAGUCGACUGUUUCCGUGUCGAUUUCUCAACAAAGUCAUCAUCUUAACCCUCAUCAUCAGCAGCACAUUCAACAAUUGCAUUUACAGGCCCAUCAUCCCUCAUCUCAAUCGUCAUCUUCUCAUCAUCAAUUAAUUCAACACCACGGUUCACCGUCCAUUCACCACACAUCUAGCCAGCAGCAUAUACAACAGAUGCACCAGCAACAACAGCAUCAUCCGCCGCAUUCGCAGGCGUUACAUCAUUCGCAAAUACAACAGCCGCAUAUUCAGCAGCACAUAUCGCAACAAUCGCAGCAGUCGCAGCCAACUUCCGUUGUAACUUCUCAAGCCGUACGUAAUUAUGCAAAUCAAAUGAACGCGAUUCAAGGAGGAGGUCGUGUAAUGUAUAGUCAAUCGAGUAUGCCUCAUUGAAAGUAUUAACCAAAUGCCUACUAGCGGUAUCUGAUGAUAACUCGUAUGUGUUUUAAAAUUGUAUAUUUUUCUUGUAAUUUGUUUUGUUGUUAUAUUUUUUAAUGUGAUAAUUUGUACUUUUAUAAAACCUUCGAAUGAGUGUUGAUUAAAUUGGUGUGGUUUUUA